UACCCUGGAGACGUUUUUGUGCCUUUUAAGAUCAUUUCAGUUUCCAGCGAACUUAAUGUUUUUCUCAUCUUCUAUUGUUAAUCCAGUAAUUUGUCUGCCAUUUGUUGAAACAUAUCGUCGUGGAUUGAAAAACAUUUUGUCCCUGCGGCAGAAUGCGGGACAAUAUCUUGCUGGCAAAACGAGAGCAAGCGACUUUAUAAGGGAUACAAAGCCUCCACCAAGAAAAACAACAACGAGCUUCUAAGGUCAGCAGCAUCUUCCCACAAACAUUUAGUCCCGAAAAUUGUUAUAAUUUUCAGCAAGACAUUUUAUUGGAGCAAUUAGUAAAUAUCGUGUUUGUUAACCGCUGACUCUGACUUGUUUUUUUCUUCAAUACCGUUAUAAGCCAUUUCGAUAACAUUGCGAUAAACUUAAGAAUAAAGAAUACUAGACAAUGGAAGCUGUGUGUGUGUUAUGCUUAAUGAGAAAUUCAUUUCCAUUUUCUAAAUCACAUCAACCAUGAAACUUCUGGCAAUUUCUGAAUGGAAUGCACCCAUACAGGAAUUAAUUCGCUAGUACUUUAUUUAGGUUGUCAUUUAUUUACAGAAAACAAUAUUGACUUUUUCUUGUGUCCUAAAGCUUGACUCUGGGUGAUUUUACAGUUGCUUUAUGAACCGCUAAGGUUUAAUAAUGUGCAAUAUACCUAGGUCAACAAAGGCCCGCAACAUAUCCUCUCCUCCCAUCUUUUUGAAGAGGAGCGAAAAUUUUUCCUUCCCUUCAUUUAUCGAGAUGGAAAAUUCCACCCUUUUCUGUAUAAAAAUAAGUUUUAAAGUAAUAUACCAAACACUCGAGACUGUGUUUUACCACAUUUCCAACACCAAGAACAGAGUCGAAAGGACGUCGGGCAGCGGAGUAUUUCUGCUGACGAAAUUCGAGGUGCUUGGAAAUGUGGUGAAACGCUGUCUCGAGUCUUUGAUAUAUCUUCUCAAUCGAAACUACGACAAAAGAAGAAAACGGAGAAAUAAAAUUCUAAAAAUCUGUUAAUUAAGAGCAGACCCCUUCUCAAACUUAUUAGCAAUUCAAGUUUAACCAAAGAAAAUCAGUCAUAACCAUUACGACCUGACAUGCACCGCAAGUGCUCCUCGAGAUUUGAGACCAGAGGGGACAAGCAAUAUAACGUUUAGCGAAAGGCGGAAGUUUCCGACCUGCUAUUGACCAUCAUGCCAGCUUUCUCAUCUCCGGUUGAGCCCCUUUAUCCAUUUUAAUUUGAUGAACAUUCAUUCUUUUUAUCUUAACUUAAUACCACUAAACAGGGAAACUCUUUUUCUAUUAAGUUUUAAUGAAGUUUUAUUGCUCGGAAUGUCAAAUUACUUCCUCUCUGAGAGGUCAAAGAAAUUAUUUGUUUGCCAAAGUACAUAAAAAAAAAUAGUUUCUCCCACAGUAAUUGUGUUGUUUAGUGCACGAAUACGGCACACAGUCAUGUUGUCUCUACGAACCUUUACUUUUGGAUUGUACACCAAAUGAAUUGUUUGCCUGAUUCAGUCUUUCUUUGACUGAUAACAUUGAACCGGUAGAAUUACCUGAAUUCAUUUCCGAUUAAAUUGUGACAAAGGGAGGAUGCAUUCUACUUUCUUCUUCUGAUCCAAAACGCUAGCGCCUAAAGUACGUGGUUGAAAAGCAAAAGAGGAAAUCAUGUCGUUGAGAAACAACACCACAAACUUGGUAACUGGGAGUGAACCUACACUUGGGCAACAGAACUGGACAUGUAUCUUUGCCGAAUCGAAUGCAGAGAGAAUUUGUAAACUUUCCGCUCUUUGUUUUAUUCUACUGGGCAGUUUUUUCGGAAACAUCUUUGUAAUCAUCAUCGUCUACAAGCGUCGAGAUUUACGAAAAACAAUGAACUAUUUCAUCGUGAACAUGGCUGUCUCUGAUCUGCUUUUCCCACUGGUUGUAAUUCCUGAUCAGAUAACUAAAAUCGUCACUGACUCGUGGCAUUGGCACGUCAGUGGAAUCUUAGGAUCGAUUUUUUGCAAGUUGUUUUAUUUUGCAAGCUCAGUGUCUCUACUUGUUUCUGUUCAAAGCUUGGUGUGGAUAGCAAUUGACAGAUUUGUCGCCGUGGUUUUUCCAUUAAAACUUGGGCUUAUUUCAAGCAAGAUUCGCACAAUAGUUAUAGUUUCUACGUGGGUGUUAGCAGGUGUUUUCUAUUUUCCAUCGUUGAUAACUUGGGAGCUUGUUGAACUUGAAAAUAGCACGUAUUGUAGUCCAGUGAACAUAAAAUCAGUUUUUCCUAGCAAGGAAGGUGGUGAAGCAUAUAACUGGCUUCAUGUAACCAUCCGCUUUUUGGCCCCUUUGUUUGUAAUAACCGUUUUAUACACUGCAAUUGUGAUUUCUUUGAAAAGGAGAAGUUCAGCCCUCGUGAAUGUCGAACAAUAUGAACGACAACAUUCUGUAAAGAAGCGAAGACGAGCUACUCAAAUGGCGGUUGUUAUCUUAGUGCUGUUUUACAUCUGUGUCAUUCCUUACACUUUGUUACGUUUCGUUCGUUUUUGGAAACUUUCUUGUGGUUUUCUGAGAUCUUUUUACUCUAUAGCGAUUUUGAUGUUUUUCUUCUCUUCUGUUGUCAAUCCAAUAGUUUGUCUGUCAUUUGUGGAAAGUUAUCGUCGUGGAUUGAGAAACAUUGUGUGUUAUUUUUGCGGAAUACGGGAUAAUAAGAGGGCGAAACGAGAACAAAUAACUCUAGAAGGAACCAGGAAUCUCCCUGGUGGAAACUGUCAACGAACUUCUAACGACACAGACAACUUCCAAGAAACAUUUGACACUGUUCAGUAGGUUACUAUCAUGGGCCGCUUUCUCUUAAUUGGGUCUAAACUGAAAAUUUAAAGCAUGACUCCUACACGAAGAGCAUUCACUAGAAAGAUGAUGAACAAAAAACAAACAUGCUACUCUUUCAUUAUGUAGGAGUAUUGAAUUGAAAGUUGAGAUGAAUCGUCCUUUUCAGUUGAAAUCAUCUGUUAUGAUCUCUGAGUUGCAAUAUUCGCAUUCUAUUAAGCAGCGAUUGUGUUAUACACUUAUGAAGCUCAUAGCGACUAUAGGAUGUCUUUAAUUUGUAAUAUAAUGUUGCCGAUGUAAAUCUGUUUCAGUUUUUCGUGUUAAUCUAAGGUUGCAUCAUGUUAUAAUAGGUUCAAUUAUAGUUCAAAUAAUAACUUUCAGUAUAACUUUUAACGAUUGACGCUUUUAAAUUAUUCACCUGAUCACUGAGCUUAGCUAAAAUCCACUUUUAAGUAGAAUUUUGUAUUGGUUGGAUACACGUUCGUAUUUUGAUCGAACUUACUUAGUUCUUAUGCGCAGCUUGUAUAAUAAAGUGUUGAUUAAUUGAUUGAUUCCCUAAUGUCAUCACAGUUCGAAAGCAGCAUCAAAAUCCGUAACACCUCUAUGCUAAGGGGGAAAACAUUUUCCUUUUUUCAAUUUGAAAUGGCAUCCGCUCUAUGAACCAACAAAAUUGCUUAUUGUAAAGAGACUACAAAAAGAAUGAUCUGAGAAACGUGGUUUUUCUCCGCAUUUGGCUUCCUACCACGGUAGGAAUCGCCAAGAGAGGAUAAAAGGUAAGAGAAGUUAGUCGCCUCAUCUCUCUCGUUACUUUUUUGACAUAGGGCCCAGUCCCUCCGCGUACAAUACUUCCACGAGCGUUGUCUUCGCAAGGGCUGAAAAAUGCACUUCAAGUCGCUUGGGCAGUCACGGGAUUGGCUUUUUUUUAUACCUUCCUAGCAUUUCCGACACUAGGAGUGAUCUAAAAAUAGAUCAAGAUGGAUUACCUGUCAAUAAGGCCAAUGUGGGGAAUUAACUCUCUUACCUUUAUACUCUCUGGAAAGAAUACAUUUUGACGACUUUUUUUCUUUAAUUCCAUCUCCUCUAAAGCUGAUGAAUAUGAAAACAAAUUGCUCUUUGUCCUCUUAGAAGAAUUCGAGUGAAGAGAUUUAUAUUUAUUCAACAAUGCGGACUUCGAUUCAAUAUCAGUUAUUUUAUUCCGCAUUUGUGUUUCAGCUGACAAUGAAAUCCUCAAUCAUUUUGUUUUCUAAACCGGCUUCAGUUCUGGUUUGGCUGAGGCAGUUUCCUAGGGAACACCUUUAUAAUCCUUAUCGUAUUCAAACAAUGCUUUUACCUUUUUAUGGUGAACACUGAAAACUGGCGAAUAGCCAAGGUUAGCCUGAAUGACAUGCAUUAAAUUAACAUGCAUCUCUAUUUCUACAUCAGUAGUUUACAAGCACUUGCAUGUGGACAUCAGAAUAAGGACGAGACAUCUGGUACAUCAGCUGAGUCAGCAUUCCAAACGCUUGACAUCAGCUUAUACCAUUACGUGCAUCAUCACGCGACCACAUGCAUCGCCUCCGGGCGCCUUACUUGAUGGGAGAGUAAAAAGCCGCCCACUAUUCACAAUAUUCGUGUCCAAUCUGUUUCCAUUCUUAACCAACCAAGUUUAUGAUGUUAAGAGAC